AUGUUGCUACACAAUGCCACUUCGAGCCGUUACAGUUAUUUUAGAGAUUUCGAGUCGAAGGAACAGAUCGAUUCCCUCGUGGAUAAAUUCCGGCAGUCAUCGCUGCUCAAGAAAGACAAAGAUCUGAAGCGAUCGAAAUCUAAGAAGAGUAAAUCAUUGCGAUUAAGACCUACCCGAGAGGACCCGAAGCCAGAGCGACCCACAUGUCAGGGACUCACACUGCGAUUCAUGAAGAAGGUGUUCCUUUCGGAAUCGGUCAAAGUCUCGUCGAAAGAGGAACAGCUCCCUGCUUACCUCGAUAACGAUUUCAUCAUGAAGUGUCUGGUUUGGCACAACAUUCUCCGCUCUCGGCAUCAGGCCAAACCUCUGCGGUUGUCGUUCGAUCUUUGUCACGAAGCUCAGAAGCUAGCGAAUGAGAUCGCGCACACCGAUCGCAUCUCCUACCAACCCAGAUCCUCUUCGAAAGAUUUCAGUGAGAAUCUCUACGUCAAGUAUCAGCCUCUCUUAUUGGUCGACUCCCAGAUGGACGUCACCGCCAAAGAAGUCACCAAACAUUGGUAUCAUCGAGGAGUUCGAAAGUACGACCACUCUCUGAACCCGGACGUGCUACACACGCAGGGGAAUAAUUUCACCCAGAUGGUCUGGCGAUCGUCGCGGAAUCUAGGAAUUGGGAAGGCACGAUCGAUCCAGAACGAGGCCAAGGUGAUUGUUGUCGCUCUUUACCAGCCUCGAGGGAAUCUUGCGGGACAGUUUGUCGACAACGUCAGACCUGAGAUCCGGGAACCGACGACGCCGCAUGAUUCCGAGGACGAUGAACCUUAG